AUAAUAUUUCCCAGCCUAGCCCCAUCCUAUUUAAAUUGAAUGGAAGACAUAAAUUAUUGCGUUAAUAGGCAAGUUAAAAACAGAAAAAAUCAAACUAAGUCAACUGCAUCCCUCUCAAAACGGCAGAGAGCUGGAAAAUCCAAUGAUGCCUCCAGCGUCUCAUUUUUGACCAAGAGAAAGGAAGUACAGCUGCUACAAACCAAGGAUCAGCAACUGCUACAGGAUGAUCCAAACCGAGUCACUUCUGGACGACUAACAAUCAAACAAGGCAUCUUCAGCAGAGCAAAAUUUUCAGGAAUGGUUUCAAGAGGCUUGAACAAGAAAAUGCAAGCUAAAGCUGAGGCAAGUCUGGCGCGCAUCCUAAAGCUUGCUCAUCAGGAACCAGAGAAGCGCACCAGUGACAGUGAUGCUUCAGGUGGAAGUUCAUCUCCAGUGAUAUGUGAUGCUUCCUCUGACCAGAACUCUGAUGCUGGCCAAAAGUUGACCAUCACUCAAGACAACAUCCCACCAAAGCCUGAGAAUGAAGCUUCUUCGUCUCAUGCAGCCACUCAAGCAGUGAAUAAUAAACCUCAUCAGAGGUGCAAGACUCGCUUCGCCAAACCCUACUGUGUUGGUCCUGCACAGGCUCGUCUUGAUGGCAAGCGCAGGACCAGUGAUAAGUCAAGCUCAGGCGCUGGUCCUGCGAGCGACUCUCGAGGUAGUCAGAUUGUCACACCGACCUCCCCAUCGACGCAGGAGCCGCAGUACGCAGACUUCAUGCAGCAGAUCAUCAGCAAACUGGACAACAACAUCCGUGACAUGAGCGCCGGCAGAGAUCUGAAGGCAGAGACGAUCAAGAAGUUGGAAGAUAUUUACAACAAGGCCUCAGAGCGAAGACGUGCUGCUGCAACUACAAACUCUGGUCAUGUUGCCGGCUACAGUAGCACUGAUACUCCACUGCGUAGCCCAGCUACCGUCAUCAGCCGAACGUCAGCGUGUAGCCCCACCACGAACACCAGUCUGGUGUCAGUGAGCAGACCACACACUGUCAGCAUCCUGUCCAGUGUCAGCAGCACGUCGACACUCAGCAGUUUCCCCCUGGUCAGCAGCAGCCCAGCAGCAGCAAGCAGUGGCAGAUGUGUUGCUUCAGUGAGCAGCAACACGGACGAUGAAUCGAAACAGCAAACUGGCGUAGUUUCAAGCUCGUCUGCCAUGCCGUCUGCUCUGGACUUCUCAAUCCACCCCGAGCAAGUGAUAUGUGCCCCCAAGAAGCUCUUUGCUCGGCAUGAAGCUAAACUGAUGAACCCAAAACUCGUCAAGCAAGUUGAUGAGACGUUCCAUCAUCCCACAGUCAAACGCAAGAAAAUCUGGGUCAGUGAGACUGAAAAAGUACGUGAUGAAGAAUUGGCAUUGCCAUCAGAACCUAAAAUGGAACUGUCGCGCGUUACUCUUAACUCACCUUUACCAUCGAUACAAGAAAAAUCGGUUAUCGCCGACCCAUUAUUGUAUUUGAAAGGUUGCACCGAAUCUAAUAACACGUGCAAUAGGAAUGACUAUGAAGAACUUCAUCCAAGAUCAACACAGACAUGUCAGUUGGCUGUCAUGGAUAAAACUGAGAGACGAAUGGUCCGUUUUGAUGACCAUGAAAUGUUCUCUUCCGACGGUUCACAUAAACAUGAAAAUUUUGACGAUUUUAAACAUGGAAUUUCUUAUCUCGAUGAUCAUCAAAGUCGAAAAUAUGGCAAAAUCGUUCGCAUAGGUCACUGUCGCGAUAUCACAAACCGUUAUAGGGAGAUGUUAUCUAGCUCCCAGCCGCUCCCUGAUGAUAUGCUGUGUUGUUACGAGCCGCGAUCCUUGGCUUUGCAGCCUGUCAGUCACGAUUCCGCAAAUCCGAUGGGGCUCUCUAAGCCGAGUGUUGAUGAUGUAUUGUACACAAUGAGGAUAGAUAGUGGUCAUGGGUCACAAUCUUAUCAGGAUUGUGCGCGCUCAGCAUUUCUUCCCUUUGCCUCAAAGAAAAAUUGGUCCAACGUACGAACUUCGUCGAGUGGUAGCAAAGAUUUACCUCAGUCAGCCGUUGUAAGAUUUCCUUCCAACUUGUCAAUGCCAGCGUUGCCUGCAAGUCACAUUCCCACAUCGACAGCAGCCAAUACUCAAGCUCAUGACGAAUCACAUUGGCAUGACUGUGUUUGUACAGUAACUAGGAAAUCUCGCAAGCCACCGACUGUCGAGUUCGGGAAGAGGGAGUCGGGAGCUCUUGUUGCAAGGUUCCCCUCCAUUAGCAGCCAUGGCAAUUGUCUUGCCUCUGAUGUGUGUUGCAUGUCCAGCAAUAGUUAUUCGUCCACUUCAGCAGUGAGCUGCGGAUCUUUCCCAAGAUCUGUAACUGAUGAAACAGCUGACUCGAGACCUCAAAAUGAUUACGCCUCAGGAACAAAUUCCACGUCCAGUUAUGGUUCGUCAUCUAGAGCUGACGCUGCGUGCUCAUCGAGGAAUCGGAGAUCUGACUUCAUGUUUAAUUUGGCCCAAGAAAAUAUUCCAGAAGCGAGUUAUGACGCCAACACGAAGUUUCAUGUGAAUUCGUCAUACCGAGCUGAUUUCAACGAUAAUAGAGUCUAUAAGAACGAUCCUGCGACCAGGCAUUUCAGUGACGGUCACCGCGGAGCAGAUAAUGGCGCUCAAGCUUCUGCCUGCACCAGAUGCUUGUGCUGCGAGUCUCACUCCAGGACUGGCGGGCUGAAGCGCGAACAGAUCUCUCCUGCUGCGGUCUGCGGCGGUAAUUCCUGUACGAAAUCCGAAGUACGUCGUUACAUGGCCGCCGCGCGCCCGUCCCCUGACGUCCCGACGGUUCACGAGAGUGAUUCCAGUCGACGAAGAACUACACGUCACAGCGACUAUUGUUCUUCAUGCGCUUCAUCUGACUGCCGUGCCGACUAUACAAGAGGAGCACCACCACAAGGCUCUGUAGCUGACGUCCCAGCCAACGCACGACGCAUCACAACACGAGACGCGCCCCCACAACACCCGCCCCAGUUACAUCCUGGUGCGACCACCCGCGACGGGAUCUCAUUCAGGAGCUGCUGCUGCCGGUCUGUCAUGUCCCAUAGCCAGUGACGUUAUGGGUGCUGCGUCUGUUCAUUUCCUGAAGACAGUGCGCCAUCGUACACGGGCGUUCAGAUGAUCAUUUAAGAUAAAUGUCGGAACACGCCGCUGCUUGUCACGCCGUGCAGUGUAUUUGAUUAAUCUUUUAUUGUACUAAAUUAAGCUGUUCGCUAGUAGGACAUUAAGUUUUCUACAUAUUUUAAGUUAUUUAUCCUGCCGUUUUGAACUUUAAUAAAUUUAAUACUCGUGACCUGAUUGAUGCAAGGGAUCAUACUA